AUGUUACGCAGAAAGGGCCUUCGCCUGAAAGUUUAUUUGGACGACUUUUUAAUAGCCCAUCAACACAGAGACACCCUGAAAACCCAUGUUCAAAUGGCAAUCGAGUUCCUCAACAGACUUGGUUGGCAUAUCAACAUGAACAAGUCUAUACUCAACCCGACAAUGUCUUUAGAGUUUCUCGGUAUCGUCUGGAACACACAACACAACAUCAAAAGUUUACCUCUAGAAAAAGUAAGAAAAGUCCGCCAAUAUCUAAUGUCUCGCUUGACAGCAGGCAUUUGGACCCUCAAGCAGGCGCAACGCCUCUUAGGGUAUCUCAACUUUGCGACCUUCGUCACCCUCUGGGGAAGGUUGCAUUGCCGUACGCUGCAGCGCCACAGCAAUCUUCUACAGAAACACUCACGCCGGCCUAGUGUAUUCGGAGACGAGGUACGAAAGGAAUUGAAAUGGUGGCUAGACAAUAUCGAUCAAAUUCACCCCGUAAAACUACCAGUCAAUUACGUGGUUACAGACGCCUCGGACAUUCAAUGGGGUGCUUUGGUGAACAACAACUCACUAAAAGGCAGUUGGAGUCAAGAUCAGCUGGGCUGGCACUGCAAUUUAAAAGAAAUGCAUGCAGUGAUAGCGGCCAUCUCGUCACAAGCGAAUGUUCUAAAAAAUUCAACCGUGAUCUUACAGAGCGACAACAAGACGGUAGUAUCGUAUAUAAAGAACGAGGGUGGAACAAGAUCUCAAAAACUUUUGGAGUUGACCAAACACCUCCUGGGACUAAUAGACAGCCUGAACGUUGUACUCCUCCCUCACCAUCUACCGGGAAUGUACAAUACGGAAGCCGAUCACCUCUCGCGCAAUCGCGCCGGCUCCGAAUGGCAUCUUUUGAGCGAAGGAACAAAGAAGGUGUUCAAACUGUGGGGAACACCAGAACUAGAUCUGUUCGCCUCAAAAAACGCUCACGUCGUUUCGAAGUAUGUGUCGCUAGACUUAUCAGACUCGAACGCCUACUUUCACGACGCUUUCAGCAGAUGUUGGACAUACAAUCUUGCUUGGAUCUUUCCUCCGCCAAGUCUGCUUCCACGGGUUCUACACCAUUUGAACUCGGCCAGAGGAAAGUUCAUAAUAAUAGCGCCGAAGUGGAAAAAACCCUUUUGGCGUCCAGAUCUCAAGAACCGCUCCCUAGCACGUCCUUUAAAAAUAAGGAACCUGAAUAUAACAUUAGUGGAUACAGUGUCGGGUCGCCCUCCAGCACAAGUGCACAACCUACAGCUGGAAGCCUGGCUAGUUUCGGCUGGGACACCUUGACAGAGGAUUGGUCUGCACAAGAAAAACAUCUU